AUGGCCGUGGAUGGGAGGGAGUGGAUGGAGGAGAAGGUUGGCGAGUGGUGGAUGCUCGGGGAGAAGGAUGGCUACGGGCGGAGGCGGCGCUGCCCCCGCCUCACUCUCUUGGUUGCCUGCAGCCGCCGCACAGUGUGCGCUCGUGCUAUCUCAAGUUCCUUCACCACAAGGCCACAACCACCUUUCCGUGCUGCAUCAAUGGAGUGGGAACCGGAGCAGCAGGAUCUUGGGGCCCUCGGGUUCGCCGGCAUCUGCAGCGAGACCUACCGAGUGCUCCUCCACGUCACCCUCCCCAACUCGAAGGGCGGCUCGGGCGUCGUCCUCGCCGCCAUUCUCUCCGGUCUCUUGCUCGCGCACAUCACCGUCAACCAGGCCGUCUCCUCCCUUAUCGACAGAGACGACGGUUCCAACCUCAUUCGUCUAGUCGCCGGCGUGGUCGGCUGCUUCCUCUCCGAGACCGUUUGUAUGUCCGUCCUCUUACUGUUCUCGCUCACCUGCACCGCUGUCUACCUGUUCCGCGUGGCCACCCUUUACUGCACCGACGGCGACUCCGCCGCCUCCAACAGUAUCCUCAGCCUUCUCCCCCGUGCGCCCCUCUCGCGGCUCAUCCCCAUAUUCAUCUUCGUGGUUCCCGUUGCCCUCUUGUACAUCUGCUUCUCCGCCCUCGCAUGGCUCGAGCUUCCGCAGCUUCACGCUUACGACGGGGUCGUCGUCCUGGCGCUGCAGCUGCUCGGUGGCGCCGCGUUCCUCGCCGGUGGAGCGUACUUUGCCGUGGUUUCCCACAUCACUUGCGCAGUGGCGGUUCUCGAGGACGCCUUCCUCUUUGGCGCCGUGCGCAAAAGCCAUAAGCUCCUCGCCGGAAAGUUUUGGGCGGCGGCGGCCAUCUUCGUCCCGCUCGACGGCUGCUUCGUGGCUUUGCAGAUAUUCUUCAGUUCGCUGGUGCUUGACGACGCGUGGAACCACGGCAUCUGGUUCCAGGUGGUGGCAGGGGCGGCCAUGGCCGUGGCUCUGUGGGCGGUGCUUGUGCUGACGCUGGUGGCGCAGCCGGUGGUGUACCUAGUGUGCAAGAACCACCACCACGAGGUCGUCGACACGGUCCACCUCAACCACGUCGGACAGUACCAACAGCUCGCCGUCGAAGGUGACAGCGGCGUGGAGAUGCAGCCGGUGAAUACAGCCCAGAUCCCUGCAACCUUGCAGUCCCCGGCCGGCAGUUCUACCUAGUACUGAUUUCACAGCUUUUCUCCACUACCGUAUUUAAUUGCUUAGUCUAAUUAGU